AUGUUGAAGAUACGCUUUCUGUUUAUUAUUCUACUGGUGCCGAUUGUAUUAGUCGAGGUGUCGACGCUACACGAUAAUAGAUCUAUAACUGUAAAAUAUCUUGGAGAUAAAUUCCAUCCAUUGUGUGCAAACCUGAAUUGUCAACGUGUAGAUAUAGUUCCUAUGGGUACUGUUCAAAAGAAAGAGUUAGUAGAUCCAAAUGGAUGGAGUUCGUUUCAGUCAUUCAUGGUUCCGUUUGCCGGAGGCCCGGAACCACACAAAUUCUCUCCGUCAACCAGAGCAAGUGCCAGCUCAAAAAGUGAUUUAAAUCUAUCCCAACGGUUCGAAUUACCAGGUGGGGCGAUGAUGUUCCAUUACAAAGAACACACUGGUACCAACAUUUGGCCUUAA